AGGUAACCCCGAGGGCUCAGGUAAGCGCCGCGGAAUUUCCCACAAUCAAGAUGUUUAUUCAUAGCAUCAUCGCAGCCUCUCAGCACACAUGCUAGGCUAGUCUAGCUUCUGCACUAUAGCCUUGUGCAUGCGUCUAGGGACACUUCCUCGGGCUUACUUUCUCGGGCGAAAGGCCACAGCACGUAUAGUCCAAAGCGGGAAGACGUAAGACGUGGUCUCUCUACGACAAUACAGUGCAUAGGCUCGGUGGUAGAGCCCACGAGACCCCACUGGCAAGUUGAAAUAGCGCCCCAAAGCCAUCGGGUCACAUUUCACCGUCUUUGCCCCUCUCGAAACCGGCCACAUCAGGUCUCUUACAAAAUUCACCAUGACCAAAACCAGCAGAGAUGACUUCUCCCCGGCUGACAUUGCUUCCCCCGCUUCCACGAUCAAACCACCACCGGAUGGGGGACGGAAGGCAUGGAUGCAAUCGGUCAUGGGCCACCUGGUGUGUUUCAACACCUGGGGCUAUCUGGCCAGCUUCGGCGUCUUUCAAUCCUACUACCAGAACCAUCUGGGGGUAUCCGAGUCGGCCAUCUCGUGGGUGGGGUCCAUCCAGAUUUUCCUCAUCUUCUUCGUCGGCACAUUUUCCGGGCGCGCGUUGGACGCCGGCCUGUUCCGCCCCGUGUUCUGCGCCGGCGUGGUCCUGCAGGUGGUAGGAGUCUUCAUGACCUCGCUCUCCAGCCGCUAUUGGCAGGUCUUCCUCGCGCAGGGACUCUGCACGGGACUAGGGAGUGGCUUGCAGUUCUGCCCAACCAUGGGCCUCGUGGCCACGUACUUUGACCAACGACGCGUCUUCGCAGUGGCGUUUGCCCUGGUCGGCAGCGGCACCGGAGGCAUGCUGUUCCCCGGCCUCGUGAAAGGUCUUCUCCCGAGCCUCGGGUUUGGAUGGACGAUGCGCGUGGUGGGCUUUGUCAUGCUGGCCACCAGUUUGCCGUCCAUGGCUCUCCUCCAGACGCGACUCCCGCCUCGCAAGUCCGGCCCGCUCGUGGACCUGGCGGCCUUCCGCGACCCCCUAUACACUCUCUUCAUCGUCGGGAUCUGGCUUAACUUUUGGGGCAUGUAUUUCGCCGUGUACUACCUGGGAGCAUUCGGACGGUCGGUCAUUGGGCUCAGCUACUCCGAGUCCACAAACCUCAUCAUUGUGUUGAAUGGCGCGGCCGUCGUGGGUCGGUUGAUCCCCGCAUACUUGGCGUCCUUCCAUCUGGGCCCGCUCAACACCAUCAUCCCGCUGGGGGUCGCCGCCGGGGUGCUGAUGCUCUGUUGGGCGGCGGUCGAUUCGUCGGCGGGGCUGUACGUGUUCGCGGUGUUGUACGGGUUCUGCGCCAACGGGCUCCAAGGCAUGUGGCCACCGACGCUGUCGAGCUUGAUUACGGACCUGAGUAGGGCUGGAACGCGGAUCGGCAUGGGGUUCACCAUCGUGAGUUUCGCAUGUCUGACAGGCCCGCCAUUGGGGGGUGCCCUUGUUGCCAAGGCGCAUGGUUACAUCGGAGCGCAGAUGUGGGCGGGCGUGUCCAUCCUGCUGGGGGCCCUGGUGCUGCUGGCCGCGCGCACCGCCAAGGUCGGGCGGCGGAUUCAAGUCAAGGUGUGAUUGUCAUUGGUUAUGGUUGUGUCUUGGCAUGCCGUUUGUGUGGGACGGAAAGGAGGGCUGUAUCUGCAUGUUGGAUAUUAUCAAGAACAGACUAGAAACACCAGCACAAGUCCACAUAAUUCCCAGGUUUCUGCCAUGUUGCCACCUUUCUUCGCAUCCAAUUCCUCAAAUGAAUCGUCUUGAAGGAUCCCAAAGGAUCCGACCCCCGGCCGCCAAGUCGCGGGGACUCCGUGACUACGACGGCCAUUCCGGACCGAU